UUUGAUCAGAACACACGACUCACAGAGUUCCUGUCUUUGUGAUGGUGUCUCACAGACUUUACUGAGGUGGUGUUGGAUCGGUUCAUUGGUUCUCAGCAGUGUUGUGUGGACAGUGUCUCCGGGCCGGACUCGUCCCUCAAGCGCGUGGCGGUGGUGGAGGACUUCUUCUCCAUCAUCUUCUCCAUGCACGUGGAGAUCAGCAGCGAUCCGGCCAAAGCUCCCAAACACGCCGGCCAGAAGAAAACCUACAAAGCUAUUGCAGAGACGUACGCCUUCCUGCCCAGAGAGGCGGUGACCCACUUCCUGAUGAGCUGUGGCGAGUGUCAGAAGAGGAUGCACAUCAGCUCCACAGGACCAGACUUCAGAGGAGCCCUGAAGAAGAACCUGGCAGCUGAGCUGAUCAGAGAGGACCUGGUCACGUUAGGACUCAGCGAGGACAAGGCGUCUCACUUCUCACAGCAGUGGACGGAGCACCAGGAGGCGCUGUCCCGACAGGCGGUCAGUCAGGCGCUGAUGGUCAACCAGCUGCUGGACAUGGAGUGGAAGUUCGGAGAUCAGGAUGUUUCUAUAUCUCUGCACCGACGCCACCUGGUGGUCAGAAGCUUCAUGUUCUCUGUGACUGUGGGAACCAGUGAGACACAGAAAGUGGGCAACAUCUACCUGCAGUUGAAGCUCGUGGUCAGAAAAGGGAAUUCCACUGAAAACGUCUUCAUGGAGCUGACACUCCCUCAGUUUUACAACUUCCUGCACGAGAUGGAGAGAGCCAAGGCCAGCAUGGAGUGCUUCAGCUGAGGGGGGGGGCUCUCCUACAGCUGAUCUUUGUGAGGACCAGGUUGAGACUCCGGCUGCUCCUCACUUUGUGACCCUCCUUUAAUAAACUGCUGUGGGUUGGAA